CUCAUAACAACAGCUGGCAGCAGAAAGAGUGAGAGAUAGAUACAGAGAGAGAGAGAGAGAGAGAGAGCAGGACCACUCAUCUGCCGCCUGGCUUCAGUGUAGACAUCACCGCUUUGACAGCUGCUUUCUGUAAGAAAAUACACGUUAGCGACUUUCACGCAGUUCAAGGCGCAUGCUCAGAGUAACUGACGGUGCAGUUGUUUUAUUCAGGAAAUCAGAGACGCUGAAAGGUUUUAAAGAUGACAACUUCAUGGAGCGAUAGACUGCAGAACUAUGCAGACUUGCCUGCCAACAUGGAUGGCCUGACAAUGAAAAAAUACAGAAGAGAACCAUAUCACAGAGUGUUUGUCAACAGAAGCUUGGCAAUGGAGAAGAUUAAGUGCUUUGGCUUUGAUAUGGAUUACACUUUAGCAGUGUACAAGUCACCAGAGUAUGAGUCACUAGGUUUUGAGCUCACAGUGGAGCGGCUGGUUUCCAUCGGUUACCCCCAGGAGCUGCUCAGCUUCGUCUACGACCCAUCCUUUCCCACCAGGGGCCUUGUGUUUGAUACCAUGUAUGGAAACCUGUUGAAAGUUGACGCCUAUGGUAAUAUCCUGGUCUGUGUCCAUGGAUUCAAUUUCCUCCGAGGCCCUGAGAUCCGUGAACGGUACCCAAACAAGUUCAUCCAGAGAGAUGAUACAGAGCGCUUUUAUAUCCUUAACACACUCUUCAACCUGCCAGAGACCUACCUCUUUGCUUGCCUAGUAGAUUUCUUCACCAACUGUGACAGAUACACAAGCUGUGAAACUGGCUUCAAAAAUGGCGACCUCUUCAUGUCCUAUAAGAGCAUGUUCCAGGACAUCCGUGACGCUGUCGACUGGGUCCACUUCAAGGGUACUCUGAAGGAGAAGACGGUUGAGAACUUGGAGAAGUAUGUAGUGAAAGAUGGGAAGCUGCCUCUUCUCCUCAGCCGAAUGAAUGAAGUCGCCAAGGUUUUCUUGGCUACCAACAGUGACUACAAAUACACUUAUAAAAUCAUGAACUACCUGUUUGACUUCCCCCAUGGCCCGAAGCCUGGUACCCCCCACCGGCCCUGGCAGUCCUACUUUGAUCUGAUCCUGGUGGAUGCCAGGAAGCCGCUGUUCUUCGGAGAGGGUACGGUGCUCAGACAAGUCGACACGACAACAGGGCGUUUAAAGAUAGGAACCUACACAGGACCUCUGCAGCAUGGUAUAGUCUACUCUGGAGGUUCCUCAGACAUUGUGUGUGACCUGCUGGGGGCAAAGGGGAAGGACAUAGUCUACAUUGGGGACCAUAUCUUUGGAGAUAUCCUCAAGUCCAAGAAACGUCAAGGCUGGAGGACGUUCCUAGUUAUACCUGAGCUGGCCCAGGAGCUGCACGUGUGGACUGACAAGAGCUCGUUAUUCGAGGAACUGCAGGGCCUGGACAUUUUCUUGGCAGAACUCUACAAACAUCUGGACAGCAGCAGUAAUGAGAGGCCAGACAUCAGCACUAUUCAGAGAAGAGUCAAGAAAGUGACACACGACAUGGACAUGUGCUAUGGCAUGAUGGGUAGCCUUUUCCGCAGUGGCUCCAGGCAGACCUUGUUCGCCUCUCAAGUGAUGCGUUACGCCGACUUGUACGCAGCCUCCUUCAUCAACCUGCUGUACUACCCCUUCAGCUACCUCUUCAGAGCUGCACAUGUACUGAUGCCCCACGAGUCGACGGUGGAGCACGCCCAUGUAGACAUUGACACAGAGUCGCCACUGGCCACACGCAACCGCACCCACUGCAGCGACUGCAAGGACCUGGAGUGCAAACGCAACCAGCUGACCCGCUCCUUCAGCGAGAUCAAACCUCCCAACCUGUUCCCCCAGACUCCCCAGGAGAUCACUCACUGCCACGAUGAGGAUGAUGAUGAAGAGGAGGAGGAGGAGGAAGAGGAGGAGGAGUAACAAGCUGGACAUAGAGAGAGAGGAGAGCCACGUUCCUGUUCCUGCCUUCUUAUGUUUCCCAGUAGAGUCAGGUAGUUACCUCUCUCAAAGUGGGGCAGGGAGGAAUAACCUCUCCAGUCAUUGUGUGUGUAUAUAUACUAUAUCAAUACUGUAUGCACACAGACACACACACACACACACACACACACAUAUACACACACACACACACUGACUGGAGAGGGACAAGGACCAGUAUGGAGACAGAUCAAAUGACUGUUAGAAGACUGUAUGCAUGUUUGGUCCUCUAAAACCCUCUAAAACCCAACUUUUCCUAACUUAAUUUUAUUAUAUAUUUUAUUACAUAUAUAUAUAUAUAUAUAUAUAUAUAUAUACACUAACCCUAACCCUUAAACUCUGUAUGUCAGACAGACAUAAUAUCACACACUUAUUAUGUUUUAUAAGCUGACUUUUAAGAUCUGCUGGUGGAUGAAAUAGAUGUAGUCACAUUUACACUUACACUUCAGAUAUUGCCAAUAAACUAACAGACUAGCCUUUCUGAUAUAGUUUGCACAUUAUAAUCAAACGAAAAACCCUUUUCAGUUACGGUGUCAAAAAAAGAUGCACAUCCUGUAUUGUAACAUACUUUUUUUUAUGCAACAUGGGAACAACAUACAGUUUUUCAUCUGUUUUGUUUCAUUUUGUCUGCUUUCUUGUCAUUAUAGAGGAGUACUUUGUUUUAACUUGUAUGUAAGUGUGUGUUUCUGUGUGUGAAUCUCCCAAAAUAGAAUCACUCAGGCUGCAGCAUCCUGAGUGACGGAUAAGCUAAAAAUCCAUUGUAUUAAACUGAAGCACAGGAGCACUGAAGCACAAGCCGGCGUUAAACCAGUCAAUAACCAGAUGCAUUUUUGUUUGAAGUUUGGUUAAGAGAACAUGUUGUGGUACACAAGUGGCUCUUGAACUGAUAUUUUGUUACCAAGCAACAAUGAGGAACUGCACCGUAUUUUAUGCCGAUGACAACCCUGAACAGAAGUGUUUCUGUAAAUAUCAGGUUGAAUGGUUUAACGCCACCAGCAGUAUUUUUUCACUUUUAUUUAAGGAGAUAAAACUUGAGUAUUGUACUUGACUAUUUCAGAGGGUUUUAUUUUGGCAGAGGAGAUGUACAAUACAAGACUGUUUUGAUCAGUUCAAGCUACUUAGAGGUGUGUGAAGUGAUCUUUGUCAAGUUUGUAAUAGGAGCUUGAAAGUGGCCUCAGUAUGCAAGGAAAUAAGGUUUUUUAGGACAGUUCAGUUCAGUAGUUCUACCUAGCUACAGACCGUGAUUAGCUUGCUUUGUUUAUCUCCCUGUUUUUGGGGCUUUGUUGGGCAUUUUUUAAAAUCUGACUCUGAAUUGUUGGCGUCAUCCUCUGGGGAAACAUGUUGACAAGAGUGUGGGGUGGAGUGUGUACAGUAUUCUUCUGUUGGGCCUCUGAACACUGUGAAGUGACCUUUUCAUUAUAAUGUUGAUCUUCAUCCAGUUCUGAACUAGUAACACAGUUAAAACUGUGUUUCUAGUUCAAAACUGGAUGAAACUUGACUUUGCAUGUGCUGUGAACUUUAAGGUCAACAAAAGACGAGCAUGUUGAACUUAAAUGUUGGUAAAUCCUGAUUGGUAAACGGCAAUAUGUGACAGCAGCUUUUUCCAACGGAGCCCCGCCCACUUCAAACUAGUGAGAAGAGCACAGAGAAAAACAAAAACUCUCUUGUGCAAUAACAAAUACUGUUCAAACUUUGUCAGAAAAACAGUGUGUUCAUGUAAGACCCUGUCGCCCAUAGUGAGUGUGAGCUUUCAGGACCUUUCGCCCAGGUAGCACUGGCAUGUCCACUUGUGUCCGUUUAACACGUGUCCAAAUGCAUAAGGGUUAGUAUGCAAAACACCAAGAGAGAUGCCUGAAUUUCAAACAUGGUGACUUGAUCUUUUUUUUUCCUUUCCUUUUUGAACAUCCAGGGUAUUCUGUAUGUUCACUUUCCUCACCUUUAUAUUUAGUCUCGACAUGUUGUAUCAGUCCUGUAAGUGUUGGAUUGGCCUGUUGAUUUAGGUCACAAAAGGGAAGGAACAUGCCGUCUACUUUUUGCAUAAUUUUCGGUUUGGCUUGAUGUGGUGUGGUGAGAGGUGAAUUUGUUUAACUGCAACUCUGUGAUCAUUCACUGGAUAAAACCUUGUAGGAUAUCAAGAAACAUAUUACAGCUCUUUUAUUCUUUUUUUUUUCUAUUCUGUUUUUUUUUUUUUUUACAAAUGAAAUAUUCGUAUUCUCAAUUUUGAUUUUGUUUGUUGAACAUAGAAUAACUGGAUAUGCUACAAGGGACAGCUGCAUUGCUAACAGGAAAUAGUCUACUGUCUUUUCUUUGCAUAAUUUGCAUAUGCAUGUGAAAAUAACAAGCACAUCCGAUCUGCCAAGGUGGUUAUGGUGGCAUUGGUUUUACUUCUGUGUGGACUGCAUCGUUUUAGGAAAAGCUUUUUUGCCAUUUGCCAUUGUAGUUUACACAGGGUCAAAACAAAAAAACUGCAAACCUGUAAAAAAAGAAAAACUUACAAUGAAGGGAAAUGUGAAUAGCAUGUACCGUAACAAAAAUGGUCCUUGUAAUCAACACCACUGGGUUAUCUUUAUUUUUCUAAGCUAGUGUUUUUAAAUGGUCUUGGUUUACAGAACUGUAAAUAGGCAUUUCCAUUUCCUUUUCUUAUAAUUUUUUUUCCAAAUACCUUUUUUUUUUCUUUUUUUUUGGUUAACUUUUAUACAGUACCACAGACUUUGAACUAACUAAAGCCUGACAAACAGGUUACACAAGAUUUUUAUCCAUUGUUGUGAUGCCCCAAAUGCAUCCACAUUAACAAAAGGUGCCAAAACAGUCACCUUUCAUUUUCUAAACUAUAGUAAUCUUCUUCUGUUUUUAUGGAUAUCAAUUCAUGUUCUCCCAAACAGUGUUUUGUUUGUUUGUUUCCAGAUAUUAUCCUACAGACUGUACAUUGAGAUAAAUUACAUAAAAAUGUAGAAUAAAGAUACUAGAUAAAUAAAGAUAGUUUUUCAUAA